CAUCGUUCAAGGUUACCUGACGUGGAAUGUCGAAUCGGCACGUGCCGCCACCACGGCAAUGAUAGCCCCUCCCCAGCCAGGCGCUCGCGACUUUGAAUUCCAACCUCCUCAAGAUAUCUUGCUCCAUUGGUAAGGCAAUACCGACUGCAGACCGACACCAGAGCAGCAAUGGCGCAAUCACAUUCCCACGACGGCGGAGCAUCGCAUACCCAUGACUCCUCGGGGUUCAAUGCGCAAGAGCAUGGCCACUCCCACGAGAUUCUCGACGGACCGGGGAGCUAUCUUGGCCGGGAGAUGCCCAUAGUCGAAGGGCGUGACUGGUCUGAUCGAGCCUUCACUAUUGGCAUUGGCGGACCUGUCGGUUCCGGCAAGACCGCCCUGAUGCUUGCCCUCUGCCUCGCCCUGCGCGAGAAAUACAACCUCGCUGCCGUCACAAACGAUAUCUUUACGCGUGAAGAUGCCGAAUUCCUCACACGCCAUGCCGCUCUGCCUCCGUCCCGAAUCCGAGCCAUUGAGACGGGCGGAUGCCCCCACGCUGCUGUGCGGGAGGACAUCUCGGCCAACCUCGCCGCGCUGGAGGAUCUGCACCGCGAAUUUGGCACAGAUAUCCUGCUCAUCGAGAGUGGCGGCGACAACCUGGCCGCAAAUUACAGUCGUGAGCUGGCCGACUUCAUCAUCUAUGUCAUCGACGUGGCCGGUGGUGACAAGGUCCCUCGCAAAGGAGGCCCGGGCAUCACGCAGAGUGACCUCUUGGUGGUAAACAAGACGGAUCUUGCAGAGGCCAUUGGAGCGGACCUGGGUGUCAUGGAGCGCGAUGCGCGGAAAAUGCGCGAAGGCGGCCCGACCGUCUUUGCUCAAGUCAAGAAGAAUGUCGCUGUGGACCACAUUGUGAACUUGAUCUUGAGCGCUUGGAGGGCUAGCGGCGCAGAGGAAGAGAGGAAGAGCAAGGGCGGCCCCAAGCCAACAGAAGGUCUCGAACAGCUCGCCAAGUAAUUAAAGAACAUGGCAACCGUACUCCGUAGCACGUGAGUCAAUAUUCGAUUGCUUCUGGG